AUGCCUUCGGACCCACAGGCUGCUCAAGCGUUCAAAGUGAAAUUGCAGAAGGAGACAGAGACCUCCCGCAGGCUGGCUUUGAAGGCUUUGGGUGGCCUGACUGAUGUGCCAGUUGGUUUAAAGAGUUUUCUGGAGCCGAUGGGCUAUGCCAAGCUGCUGGGCGCGCUCUGUUGUAACUGCACGGUUGUGGCAUACGUCUCGCCGGUGUUGCAACAUAUUCUUCAAGUUGAUGGCAUGCAGGAAUGCCCAGCAAAAACUUCCGCAGUUCGUGCCCUAGAGCCUUGGAUUCGGGCCUUGAAGCCACCUGAGACCAAUAUAAGUGAUGACGAGGCGGCUGGCGAGGAUGAGGAGAGAACAAUAUCCUGGAUCGUGGAUGCAGGUGCAGAGCCGCUCAACUUCUCAACGUCAUUAAUUCCGCCUUUCCGUGGCUACGCGAUUUUCCCUCGAAUGGCCUUGAUGAACCACAGCUGCCGACCCAGCUGCGGAAUCGAGUUUGACUUCUCAGGGCGAAUAUUUGUUCUACAGCAGCCUUAUGACCACAUCAAGCCAGGCGUUGAACUUACCAUCUCCUAUCUCGACUCGUCACUGAAUGCCGAGGAAGACCACAAAGCUAUGGGUACGACGCAGCGACGGAAUCAGCUGCUGCCGUAUGGAUUCAAUUGCGAUUGUGGCUUGCUCUGCAAACGGUUUGGAAGUAUUCAAGCACCAAGAACACAUGCGAAUCCUUCACGUAGAAUCAGCGACAGAAAACACAUUGUCCGUGCUUGGGAUUAUCAGCCGUGA